AUGGCUACGCACUCGAGCGGUAUAAAGGAUGGGAUAGCCAGGUUCCGUCAGGACUACGCAGCUGAGAUGGCUAUCGAGAAGAAGAUGUUCACCGCCAGCGACUCUGGCUCCUCCACCCCGCUCCCGGCUCCCGAGGACAGCCCCGCGAUGCAGAAGUACCUCCAGGACCGCAGGGUCAUCGGCUACGAGCCCCUCGUCCAGCCCGCCCUUCUCCGCCACGAGAUCCCCAGCGCAGCCUCGCAACGCACAGUCACAGAAGCACGCUACAACGCCGCACGUAUCCUCGCUGGCCGAGAUGACCGUGUCGUCGUGAUCGUUGGCCCGUGCUCCAUCCACUCCCCGGAGCAGGCCAUCGAGUACGCAAAGCUGCUCAAGGCCAAGAUCCCGCAGUGGUCGAACCUGCUCAUCGUCAUGCGCGCCUACUUCGAGAAACCGCGCACGACCGUCGGCUGGAAGGGCCUCAUCAACGACCCCGACAUCGACGGCUCCUUCCGCAUCAACAAGGGCCUCCGCAUCGCGCGCCAGCUCCUCUGCGACCUCACCGAGCUCGGCGUCCCCGUCGGCUCCGAGCUCCUCGACACCAUCUCGCCGCAGUACCUCGCGGACCUCAUCUCCUGGGGCGCGAUCGGCGCCCGCACGACCGAGUCGCAGCUGCACCGCGAGCUCGUCUCCGGCGUCUCCUUCCCCGUCGGCUUCAAGAACGGGACCGACGGCUCCGUCGGCGUCGCGAUCGACGCGAUGCGCUCGGCCUCGAACCCGCACGCGUUCAUGGGCGUCACCGAGCAGGGCCUCGCGGCGAUCGUCAAGACGCGCGGCAACAAGGACGUCCACGUCAUCCUCCGCGGCGGCAGCAAGGGCACGAACUACAAGUCCGAGUUCGUGCGCGCGGCCGCGGACACGAUCGCCAAGGCCAAGGCGCUGCCGUUCCCGAGCGUCAUGGUCGACUGCUCGCACGGCAACUCGAGCAAGAACCACAACAACCAGCCGCUCGUCGUCGACGAUAUCUGCGCGCAGCUGGCCGCUGGCGAGCGCGCGAUCACCGGCGUCAUGAUCGAGUCGAACCUCGCGCCGGGCCGCCAGGAUGUUCCGCCUGAGGGCCCGUCGGGGCUCAAGUACGGUGUCUCGAUCACUGACGCCUGUGUGGACUGGGAGACGACCGUUACCAUGCUCAACAAGCUCAACGAUGCUGUCGCCCAGCGCCGCACCGCGCUCAUCUCCGCCCGCCUCGCCUGA